AUGGAAUCUGGAAAAAGCAAUCCAAGUCACCUACCACAUCAGAAUAAAAAAAAGCAGCUACAUAAUGAUCCAAUAAUGGCAUUAUCCCUCAUGAAAAGCCUUGCUCCGUACAACAAAAUUAUAAAUGAUAUUGGAUAUGAUCGUUUCUUUGUACAUUAUUGGACUUUGGCUGAUCUUAAUAUGUAUAGAAUGUACACAACAAUCAAUAAAACACCAAUUAUUAUAAUUGAUGUUACUGGUGGUAUAGUCUCGAAAUGUAAAUUAAUUUCCGGCAGGGAAACCUCAUCUAUAUUUCUUUAUCAAAUUGGUGUGAUGGAUAAAACACAGUCUCAACUCAAAGUUGCCCAUAUGUUAUCAGAAAGGCAUGAUAACAACUCCAUUAGUCACUGGCUUUCGGAAUGGAUGAGAAAUAUAAUUACUCCUCCAAAAAUUGUUGUGACAAAUCAAUCUAAAGAGCUAAUGAUUGCUGUAAUAAAAACUUUUACUCAGUAUUCAAGUUUGUCAAAAUAUUUGUGCGCAUGCUCAUCACUUUUGUUGAAAGAAACUAAACAAGUCAAGAUACCAAAUUGCAUGCUUAGAAAUGAUUUUAACCAUACUAUGAAACUAUUAAGUUCUUGGACAGAAAUUAAAAAUUCUUCACCCAGAAUCAAAAACUUUUAUCUACGGUCCAUAGGCUUGGUUAUUUCAAGUGUUGAUUUUAAUGACGCAAAAUUAUUAUUGGAACAUAUUUUUACUGUCGCACUCAACGAAAAAGAUGGAUAUAUUACAAACAAUAUUCCAAAUGCAUGUGAAAUCUCAAAAAAAUAUUUAAAAGAAAGGAUAGAAAGUGAUUUAGUAAUCAGUCAAGUAAAAAUACAUAAUUUAAAUGAUAAAAAUGAAAUUGUAUUCCAAUAUACUGGGUUGGAUGAGAGUGAUCUCUUACUAGACGAGUUAAGUGACGAAAAUAGUAUUUUUAAGAUAAUUCAAGGAGUGUAUAAUUAUUGUUUGGUAGAAUCACGGUCUCACAAAAACCAAGGCAAUCAUGAUAACAUGGAAUAUUGUCCUAUGAUUGCCAAAAAACUUCUACGAUUUUGUAAACUUAUUCCGUGUUGGUCUGCGGUAAUGAUUUCUACAUUUAAAUACGAUGAAACAACGAGUGCUUCAUCUGAGAGUUUAUUUUAUGGCUUGAAAAAUCAUACAAUUAAAUAUAACACUAUACCAAUACGUGUAGACGAUUUCAUUCGAACACACAUCGAUGAUAUUUUAGAAAAACAAAACGCGGACAUUGACAGUUGUAUUACAGUGGGAAAUAUUGAAGGAAAAGAAAACAAUGAACGUAAAUCUUCCGAACAAAUUAAAGAGCUGCAAGUAAAUAAUGAUGAAAUCGAAACAUCAAUAUUGUUAAAUGAAAAGAUUCAACAUAAUAAAAUAAGUACAUCGCCGACCAAGUAUAAUCUAUCAAUAACUAACAUAGAAUAUUUGCACGAAAAACAAACGAAUAGUCGUUUUAUGAAUCUAUCACUAGCUACGAUUAAUACCACUGAAUAUAAAAAGAGUAUACAGAAUAUAACAAUUAACAAUAAACGAUAUAUAAUUACUAAUACUUGCGCAUUUGAUAGUUUAAUACACAUUUUAUUCACAUCGUAUGCGGACAGUCCAAAUUAUUUAAAAUUUAUUGAAGUGAAUAUCGAAUUUAAACUGUUUGAGUUUAUUUCUUAUGCUAAAAGAAAUGGAUUUAAUCUACAAACUUACAAGAAACGAGCAAUGAUUUUAAUUGAUGUAUAUAAAUCACUAGCAGAAUAUUCAAAAAGCCCUAUCCAUUUAGACUGUUCGUGCACUACACAUUUUGUAAUUAAUAAUUUGUUUUGCAACUAUGACUCAUUAAUUGAAAAUAAAACAUGUUCGAAUUGUAAGGAAGUAAGGACAAGAAAAGAAAAGAUUAUUGUCGUUAAAUUACUUAAUAGAGACUUAAGUUUUUUUCUCGACGUUUUGAAAAAUAUGUACUCAGUGAAAACACAUGAAAAGUGUGACAAUUGUGAUAGUUAUACAAUAAAAAGUAAAUUUACAUUUGGAAAUCAAGUUUUUAUCGAACUUUUUGCCCCACCUUCUAAGCGGAAACCGUUGAAUAAGUACUCUGAUGUUUCCUUGACUCUUUCGAAAAUUCCAAAAAAAUUAUGUUUAGAUUGGAAAAGUUUUACUUUGAGAGGAGUGAUAAAUUUAAUUCCACCAAUAUUGUUAAAAAGUAGUGCUAUAGGUUACUAUGUCUCUUAUUGUUGGAGAGAACAUUCAAAUAGAUGGGAACGUUAUGAUGAUCUAGAAUGUAACUAUAAGAUUGCAAUACCGACAACAAUAAUAGAAAAUUGUCAAUUUAUUAUAUACACAGUUUAG